AUGCGUCAAUUUAAUCUUGAAUGGUUUAACACUUCAUACUCUGGAUGGUUAGAAUAUAGUGUUAAAGUUGAUGCAGUAUUUUGCUUAUGUUGUUACUUGUUUAAAAAUGAGCAUGGAGGACAUGAAAAAGUUGGAGAUUCUUUCACAAAGAAUGGUUUUAGAGCUUGGAAUAAAGCUACAGAAAGGCUUAACGCACAUAUUGGAGAGGUGAAUAGUCUUCACAAUAGAUGUUUUAUGAUGAUGAGAGAUUUAAUUAAUCAAGAGCAAUCAAUUCUAACCUCUUUUGACAAGCAGUCUGAAAAAAUUAAAAGUGAUUAUCGAGUUCGGUUGAAUGCUUCGAUUGAUGUGGCAAAAUUUCUUUUAAAACAAGGAAUGUCUUUCCGGGGCCACGAUGAAGGUGAAACUUCUAUUAAAAGAGGAAACUUUGUAGAACUCUUACAAUGGUAUGCAGAUAGGGAUGAUGAAGUGAAAAAAGUUGUGCUACAAAGUGCUCCACAAAAUAACAUGAUGAUUGCUCCAAAUAUCCAAAAAGAGAUCGUGAAUGCUUGUGCGAAAGAAAUAAUUAAAGCAAUAGUUGAAGAUUUAAAUGGAGAAUAUUUUGGAAUUUUGGUUGAUGAAUCUAAGGACGUCUCUCAUAAGGAACAAAUGGCUCUUGUUCUGCGGUAUGUCAACAAAGAGGGAAAACUUAUUGAGCGAUUCCUUAAGCACUCAUUGAGUCCAUCUCAAAUACGGGGACAAGGUUAUGAUGGAGCUAGUAACAUGCAAGGAGAAAUCAAUGGUCUUAAAACUUUAAUUCUGAAAGAUAAUCCUUCGGCAUAUUGUAUACAUUGCUUUGCCCAUCAAUUGCAAUUGACUCUUGUAGCCGUUGCAAAAAAACAUUAUGAUGUAGAUCAAUUUUUUGAUAUUGUUGCUAAUGUCUUGAAUAUUAUUGGAAGUUCUUUUAAGCGUAGGAAUAUGCUACGAGAGGAUAAGGCAAAAAAACUAGAGGAGCUACAAGUGCUUGGUGAAGUUCAUACAGGAAGUGGACUAAAUCAAGAACUUGGACUCCAAAGGCCAGGUGAUACCCGAUGGGGUUCUCAUUUUAAGACAGUGCGUAACUUUAUUGCAUUAUUCUCGUCAAUCAUUAAUGUACUUGAGUUUCUUGCAAGUGAGGGUGUAAAUUAUCUUGAGAGAUCAGUGGCAAAAAGUCUAGUGAAUGACAUAAGAUCUUUUGAGUUUGUGCAUAUGAUACAUUUGAUGUUAAAAUUAUUAGCAAUCACAAAUGAUUUGAAUAUAGCUUUGCAAAGAAAAGAUCAGGAUAUUGUAAAUGCUAUGAAGCUUGUUGGUUUCGCCAAAAGGCAAUUGCAAGUGAUGAGAGAAUCUAAAUGGGAAUCAUUGAUAGAUGACGCCUCUUCAUUUUGUUCCAAGCAUGAUAUUGUGAUCCCUGAAAUGGAUAAGAACUAUCAUCUUGGAAAAUCAAAGCUCAAUUUUGAUGCGGUGAAUAGUAAUCUACUUCUUGGUAUGGCUAGUUUGAGUCCGGAUAAUUCUUUUGCAAAUUAUGAUAAAGACAGAAUUAUGAAACUUGCUACACUUUAUCCUCAUGAGUUUAGUGGUUCAAAGCUUGAAGAUCUCAGUUACGAGCUUGACAACUAUAUUCUCUUUGUGAAAGAAGAUAAUGAUUUCUCUAACUUGAAAGGACUUGGAGAUCUUUCAGAAACAUUAGUUAAAUGA